CCAGCCUGGACCCUGAUCGGCCAGUGCGUGGAUCUCCUCACCAAGCCCUCAGAGGACCCCAGUGCCCCAUUGCCCUGGUGGGACAAGAGCCGCCUUCUCUUCCACGGGGACUGGCACAUGGACAUCGAACAGGCCAACCUGCAUCAGCUGGCCACUGAGGACCCCUACAACACCACGGAGAACAUGCACUGGGAGUGGAGCCACCUCUCCUUCCACUGGAAGCCUGGGCAGUUCGUCUUCAAGGGCAACCUGGACAUCAACGUCCGGACAGCCUCCAAAUAUGACGACUGCUGCUUCCUGCAUCUGCCCGACCUGUGCAUGACGCUGGACCUGCAGUGGCUGUGCCACGGGAACCCCCACGACCACCACGGCGUGGUGCUGCGUUCCCCUGAGUUCCUGCCCGAGGUGCCGGUGGGGCAGCAGUACGACUCCUACCGUGCCUUCCGCUCCGAGAACCUCAACCUCUCCAUCCGGAUGGACCUGACGCGGCCCAGUGAGGAGCACUCCCAGCCCCGGAUCCUGCUCUACAGCAGCACCCUCCGCUGGAUGCAGAACUUCUGGGCCACAUGGACCAGUGUGACGCGCCCCAUCUGCCGUGGGAAGCUCUUCAACAACAUGAAACCCAGUAAAAAGAAGCUGGGGCAGCAUUACAAGCAGCUGUCUUAUACUGCGCUCUUCCCCCGGCUGCAGGUGCAUUACUGGGCCUCCUUUGCCCAGCAGCGGGGCAUCCAGGUGGAGUGCUGCCAGGGGCACAUCUUCACUCGCGGCAAAACCCACCUGCUGAGCCUGUCCUCCCUCACCUACCAGAGACACAGCAACCGCACGGCUGAGGAGGUACCGCUGCAAACACACGGGGCACGGCACGUCAACCUGUCCACCGAGGCCCUGAAGGGGCUGAAGAUCGACACGCAGCUGCAAGCCAAAAAGCUGAAGCGGGGCCCGCUCUCUGCUCACUCCGUCCCUGCCAGAGUGACCGCUCCCAUCAUCAGCGGCCGUCCCGAGAGAGCCUCCUCAGGCGGGGCCUACAUGCUGCAGAAACUCAUUGAGGAGACGGACAAGUUCGUGGUCUGUACGGAGGAGGAGUCGGGGGCUAGCGAGCAGCUGUGCGGCAUCGCCGCCUGCCAAACCGACGACAUCUACAACCGCAACUGCCUCAUCGAGCUAGUCAACUGCCAGAUGGUGCUGCGCGGUGCGGAAACAGAGGGCUGCGUGAUUGUGUCCGCCGCAAAGGCCCAGCUGCUGCAGUGCCAGCACCACCCCGCCUGGUACGGGGACACGCUGAAGCAGAAGACGUCCUGGACCUGCUUGCUGGACGGCAUGCAGUACUUUGCCACGACGGAGAGCGGCCCGACCGAGAGGGAGCAUGGGCAGCUCUGGCUGGAGGUGAAAAAUAUUGAGGAGCAUCGGCAACGGAGCCUGGACUCGGUGCAGGAGCUGAUGGAGAGCGGGCAGGCGGUGGGGGGCAUGGUCAGCACCACCACAGACUGGAACCAGCCCUCAGAAGCUCAGCAGACCCAGCAGGUGCAGAGGAUCAUCUCUCGCUGCAGCUGCCGCAUGUACUAUAUCAGCUACAGCCAUGACAUUGACCCUGAGCUGGCUACGCAGAUAAAGCCCCCCGAGACUCCUGCCAACCAGGAGAAGGAGGAUCUGCUGAAGAAGCAGGAGGGAGCUGUGGACACGUUCACACUGAUCCACCACGACCUGGAGAUCUCCACCAACCCCGCUCAGUAUGCCAUGAUCCUUGACAUAGUCAACAACCUGCUGCUGCACGUGGAGCCCAAACGCAAGGAGCACAGUGAGAAGAAACAACGGGUGCGCUUCCAGCUGGAAAUCUCCAGCAACCCCGAGGAGCAGCGCAGCAGUAUCCUACACCUGCAAGAGGCCGUGAGGCAGCACGUCGCCCAGAUCCGGCAGCUGGAGAAGCAGAUGUACUCCAACGUGAAGUCCCUGCAGGAUGACAGCAAAAAUGAGAGCCUGCUUGACCUCAACCACAGGCUGCAGCAGCAGCUGAGCCAGGAGAAAGCUGACCUGCAGCUGGAGAGUGAGGAGCUGAACAUACUGAUCAGGUGCUUCAAGGACUUCCAGCUGCAGCGAGCCAACAAGAUGGAACUGCGAAAGCAGCCGGAAGACGUGAGCGUGGCGCGGCGGACCGAAUUCUACUUCGCCCAGGCACGCUGGCGCCUGACUGAGGAGGAUGGGCAGCUGGGCAUAGCCGAGCUGGAGCUCCAACGCUUCCCCUACAGCAAGGUCAACAAGUCUGACGACACGGCCGAGCAUCUGCUAGAACUGGGCUGGGUCACGAUGAACAACCUCCUGCCCAACGCUGUGUACAAGGCAAGCAGCAGCCUGGGGACCCAUGGUGCCCUUUUUUUUUGCAAGGUCCGGCCGCCCGUGGGAGGCAUCUCCAUCAAGGAGCACUUCGAGGUGAACGUGGUACCCCUCACCAUCCAGCUCACCCACCAGUUCUUCCACAGGAUGAUGGGUUUCUUCUUCCCUGGCCGCAACGUGGAAGAGGAAGAGGUGGGGGAUGAGGAAGACAAGUCCAAGCUGGUGACAACAGGGAUCCCUGUGGUGAAACCGCGGCAGCUGAUCGUGGCCGAUGACUCGCUGGGCCCAGGGAAGGGAGUCGCUCAGGGACUGAAUCGGACGUCAGGGGUCAGAAGAUCAUUCCGAAAAGCACCUGAGCAUCCCGUGGAUGACAUCGACAAGAUGAAGGAGCGCGCAGCCAUGAACAACUCCUUCAUCUACAUCAAGAUCCCGCAGGUGCCGCUCUGCGUCAGCUACAAGGGCGAGAAGAACAGCGUGGAUUGGGGCGACCUGAACCUGGUGCUGCCGUGCCUGGAGUACCACAACAACACGUGGACGUGGCUGGACUUCGCCAUGGCAGUAAAGAGGGACAGCCGCAAAGCCUUGGUGGCACAG